AUGUGCAAGGGACUUGCUGCAUUGCCAGCCACUUGCUUAAAAAGUGCAAAAGAUAUGAAGCAUCAUCUGGAUUUCUUACUGCAGAAGCCUGGUUCAUGUGAGCACAGCUCUUCCCACAGCAAGAAGGAGAAAAUGGCUCCACCCCAGAGGGUUAGCCACAAGGAAGUCCAGAAAUGGGGACUGGAGAACCUGAUACAUCAUAACAGUGGGCUGGCUGCUUUCCAGGCUUUCCUCAAGUCUGAGUACAGCGAGGAGAAUAUUGAGUUCUGGGUGAGCUGCAAGGAGUACAAGAAAACCAAAUCGCCAGCCAACCUUAGCCCCAAGGCCAGGAAGAUUUGCAAUGAGUUCAUCUCUGUGCAGGCUACUAGAGAAGUGAACUUGGAUUCCUGCACAUGGGAAGUGACCAGCCACAAUGUUCUCAAGCCCACCCUGUCGUGCUUCGACGAGACUCAGAAAAAAAUCUUCAUCCUCAUGGAGAAGGAUUCUUACCGCUGCUUCCUCAAAUCUCGCUUCUACCUCGACUUGGUCAGUCCACCUGCAACUACUUGUGGGACUCAGAACCACAAAAGAGCUACAUCUCCUGCCUUAGCCUGCUUCUCCCCUCUGGUCUCUCAGUACGCUUAG